UGAAGGGAUGCUAGCGGCCUGCCCUCCAUUGUCUUAGCAUCUCCUUCAAAAGACCCCUUAGUGCAACUUGAGCUCGGAAGGGAAGCGGCCUCCGCUUGCAGUUCCUUUGCUCGGUCAAGAUGGCGAUCCUCCUCCCGGCCGCCUUGCUCGGGCUGCUGUUGGGGCUGCUUGCCCGGCAGCUGGGCCAGGCAGCGGAGGCCGUGUGCUCGGGAUCUACUUGCUACACCCUGCACUGGGGGAGGCUCAGCUGGAUGGAGGCUCACAGCAAGUGCCAAGACAACGGGGGGAACUUGGCGACUCUGAAGAGCCUGGAGGAAGACCAGCUGGUUGGGCAGCUGCUGGCCGCCAUACCUGCACGGGGAGGUGGCCCGGAGGCAGAGGUAAGGCUGUGGAUCGGGCUGCAGCGGGAGAAAGGCAAAUGCUACCAGAAGCAUCGGCCUCUGAAGGGCUUCACCUGGGUAGCCGGAGACCAAGAGACGGACUACUCGAACUGGGGCCAGGAGCCGCAGGAAACGUGCACGGCUCAGCGCUGCGUGACCCUCCAGGGCUCUCCCUUCCUGCCCCAGGGCCUGGCCUGGGUGGACGGCCGCUGCAGCCGCUCGGCUCAGGGGGAGGCCGGCUACUUGUGCAAAUUCAGCUUCCAGGGGAUGUGCCGCCCGCUCGCGUUGGCUGGGCCAGGUACCGUCCAGUAUACCACCCCCUUUGGCAUCGCCACGGCUUCCCUGCGAGUUGUGCCCUUUGGCUCCACGGCUGAAGUGGCCUGCGGAGCGCCGGGGGCAGAGGCGGACGAUGCCUUCCUCGUGUGCAAGAUGCAAGCGAACAGCAACGCCUUUGAGUGGAGCAGCCAGGGCCCUCUGUGUGCAUCACCCAGCCACGGCUGCGGUUACAGCAAUGGAGGCUGCGAGCAUGAGUGCCUGGAACUGGGCGGGGACCGCUUUCAGUGCGCCUGCCACGCAGGAUACCAACUUGGAGGGGACCACCUUUCCUGCAUCCCCGUGGACUACUGCAGCUCCAAUCCAUGCCAGGGGCAGUGUCUGCCACACACUGGGGGCUUUGACUGUCUUUGUCCUCUGGGUUACACGCUGGCUGCUGACGGCCGGAACUGCGUAGACGUGGACGAAUGCAGCGCGCCCCAAGAUUCUUGCAAGCAGAUCUGCAUCAACACUGUGGGCAGCUUCAAGUGUCUCUGUCUCCCGGGCUACAAGCUGGCCGAGGCUGGUGGGCGGACAUGCCAGGACGUUGACGAAUGUGCCGCAGUCACCCCAUGCGCCCAGCUUUGUGUAAACACUCACGGCUCCUUCCUCUGCUCCUGCCAGCCAGGCUACCAGUUGGAGGGCAUCAAUAGCCCUUCUUGCCUAGAUGUGGAUGAAUGCCGAGAGGAGCCGUGCGAGCAUAUGUGCAAGAACCUCCCGGGCAGCUACCGAUGCUUCUGCCAGCCGGGUUGGAGGCUAGAUCCCAAUGGGAUCUCUUGCAUCUUGGAUGCCACCCCCGGCACUUCUUCCCCGCCUGUCCAGGGAGAAUGGGGGGAUCCAGUGGAAAUCCGUCCUGGUUCCGAGCCACCAGUCCUGCUGUCUGACUCUCCCGUCCAAAAAGAACCAGAAGGAGUCUUUGUAUCACAGGGUACCACUUUUCAACCAGAGGUACUCAGCAGGCCGCUAGAUGCUGAGGAUCAGGCUGAAGAUAACAGUGCAGGAAAGAAACCGGGCAGCUCCAAGCAACGCCUGUAUUAUAUCUUUGGUGGUGUUGCGGCCGUUCUGGUACUGCUGGCUUGUGUUCUAAUUCUGGUCACCUGCAGAAAAAUGGAGGCCAAGAAAGCCAAAAAUAAAGCGAAGAAUGUGGCUGACAAUUACUCUUGGGUGCCAGAUCAGCGAGAGGCCGGGGCAGGAAGCAACGAGUACCUGUAAUCGACCGAGAAGGGAAGGGCUUUGGCUGUAAAGCAGGGAGGGGUGGGGAGGAAGGGGCAGCUAUCUCAGAACUUAACGGAGGCUGCAUCUAUAUGGUAAAGAUUCCCCAUUUUGUAUUCAUUACUAUGGUAAUGCAGAGGCAUUUGGAUUGGUAACAGAGUGUCUGCGCACAGGAGUUCUCUGUGCAUUUACCUCAAUCCAUUGCCAUUUUCCCUGGGCUUUUUCUUGGCUAUGCCACUCGAGGGUGCUUCCUAGACGGUGCUUCCUAUGCCACUCGAGGGAGCAGCAGUGGCGUAGUGGCUAAGAGCAGUGGCUAAGAGCAGGUGCACUCUGAUCUGGAGGAACCGGGUUUGAUUCCCAGCUCUGCCGCUUGAGUU